UUUACUUUGUCCCAAAUUUAAUUAUGAAUUUAAAUUGAAAACAACGACAAUUUCACAUUUGAUGUGACCAUGACUGGCAGAAUAACACGGCACCAAAGGAAUGACAGCUUGGAAGGACCAGAAAUUGUAGAAGUGGAUGAAGAAUUUGAGCAGAGAGUUAUCGAGAUCUCUCAUGAUUUGCAAUAUCUAAAUAUUGUUGAUGAUAGUGAUUAUCAACCAUUAUCGCUUGAACUGUUAGAAAUAUGUGAUGAAGAUGAACAAAUUCAAUUCCUAACUCAGGAGGAAAUUCAAACACUAGUUAUAUCCAAUAUUCAAGACAAUCAAACUAUUGUUCAAGAUUAUGAAACUAUAUUAGAAUACCAAGAUGAAAUCGAAAAUGAAAACCAAGAUAAUAAUCUGUGGACACGUCAAGUUGAUGGUGAAAUUCAUACUGAAGUCCUUAUUGGCAAUCAAGGUGUAAAUAAUUAUACUGAAGUCCUUGCUGCCAAUCAAGGUGAAAAUGAUUACACUGAACUCCUUAUUGGAAAUCAAGAUGCAAAUAAUUAUAUUAAAGUCCUUGCUGGUAAUCAAGGUGAAAAUGAUAAUGCUGAAUUCCUUAUUGGCAAUCAGGGUGCAAAUAAUUAUAUUAAAGUCCUUGCUGGUAAUCAAGGUGAAAAUGAUAAUACUGAACUCCUUAUUGGAAAUCAAGGUGCUAAUAAUUAUAUUAAAGUCCUUGCUGGUAAUCAAGGUGAAAAUGAUAAUACUGAAUUCCUUAUUGGUAAUCAAGGUGAAAAUGAUUACACUGAAGUCCUUAUAGGAAAUCAAGGUGAAAAUGAUUAUACUGAAUAUCUUAUUGGCAAUCAAGUUGAAAAUAAUUGUACUGAAUUGCUUAUUGGCGAUCAAGUUGAAAAUAAUUAUACUGAAUUCCUUAUUGGCAAUCAAGUUGAAAACAAUUAUAUUACAGUCUUUAUAGACAACCAAGGUGAAAACAAUUAUAUAUAUCAAAUUGAAGAUCAAAACCAAGAUCAAGUCCAACAGCUAAUUCAAAAAGAAGCUACAGUUCAAGUCCUAAAUCAAGAUGAUAUUAAAAACGAAGACGUGUCAAGCGUUGAUUUAUUAUCCCGGACUGACAACACAUCACUCGCAAUAAAAUGCUCCCGAGGCAAGGGAAGGCGUAUACAAGAAGAAAGCAGUUUCCGUCUGGACUUGAAGCACGCACUUCCAGUUAUAGAAUUUCAUAAAGAAUUUAUGCCUACACAUCUUAGCAGAAAUGUGGCUAACACAUUUUACCGACCUCGCUUAGCAAAGUUCAAAGAAGGUCGCACCAAACGUCCUUUUCGCAACGCUGUUAAUGUAGUUCCAUCGACGUUUCAAGAAUUUGUGAAUCACAAGCGAAUGGUACGAGCUUCUAAAUAUAAAAAGAAAAUGCCAUUUUAUCCGGAAACAAUAGACGAUUUGAGUGCAAAAGACGGUAAAAUUCUGCUGAUGGAGUUCUCAGAAGAACAUCCACCACUUAUGAACCAAGUUGGAAUGAACUCAAAAAUUAUUAACUAUUAUAAGUGUGAGGAGGAUAAGAGUGCAUAUAGUGACAAGUUCAGAUACGGAGAAUGGCAUUCAGCAGUUCAAAGAACGUUUCUCGGUCAAUUAAAUGAUGGAGAGUGUUUACAGACACUUGAAAAUAAACUUUAUCGUGCACCUAUUUAUGAGCACAAAGUUAUUCCAACGGAUUUUCUGGUUGUGCAUAGUAAAGGCAGGUAUUGGAUACGUAAAAUAGAUGGUUUAUUUACUGUGGGACAACUCUGCCCAGUGACCCUUGUACCAGAGCCUAGUUCUAGAGAAGCUUUGAGCUUCAUACGAAAUUUUUUGAAGUUACAUAUAUAUCGCUUGUUCCAGAGAAGCACUUUUAAACCACCUAGAUUACGAAUGGAGGAUAUUAAAGGUGCGUUUCCGGAACUUCCAGAAACGACUAUUCGUAAACAUCUAAAGCAAGUAGCUCAUUUUAAACGCCAUGGCAAUAAUAUUAACUGGUGGAUUAUGAGAAAUGAUAUUUGUUUUCCCACUCUACAGGAGAUUUGUACCUUUAUCACUCCUGAAAAAUGCUGUGCACAUUAUAGCAUGGUGUUAGGGCAGUAUAGAUUAAAAGCAAUUGGCUUCGGACAAGAACAUAGUUUCAAUAUCGAAAACGUGUUGCAAAAUGAUGUAAAAUCAUCGCCCUGGAACACCACCAGGGCAUAUAUCAGAGCAAGAAGUAAUCAAUGUAUUUUACACCUAACUGGUUCUGCAGAUCCCACAGGUUGCGGUUUGGGAUUUUCUUAUGAACGAAUCACACUUAAAGAAUUGGCUGCCAUGGCAGAAAAAGAAAUAAAACAAAAUGCGGAAUCGUGUAAAUUUAUGGAAGCAGAUUUCCGUUGCGUUCCAGUAGAAAUGUGUAGGUGUCUUCUACGUAAAUUGGGUAUGGAUGAUAAAGAAAUAAUGAAAAUUGAUCGUUGGCAAUUGAUCGAUAUUAUAAGAACCCUUUUUGGGGAAAAAUAUAAAACAGACAGAAAGGAAGCAAAUCCAACAAGAGUUGUAACUGACGAAUUGAAUCGAAAACUGGAGCAUGAAGCACAAUUCAAAGCCGAUUCGCAGCGUUUAUUUAAUUUACAAAAUCGUUUGUUGUCAAGCAAAGAAGAGAUUUCUUCAGAUGAAGACUGUGAUGUGGAGGCUUAUGAUUUAAAUGAACUAAAAAAAAUUAGUAAAGACGUAGAAUCAAUGAUAGCAAAAAGACAAAAACGAAUGCUUGGAAGAGAUAAAAAAACUACGGAAAAACCUAAAACCCCAAUUAAGCAGCCUGCGAAAAGUGUAAUGAAAAUAGAAAGAGUUUUUCUUAAACCCGAUGGUAGUGAAUUUAUUUCGGAAGAAAUUGUUCGAGAUCCCUAUAUCAUUGAUGCUUACAUUAAGUUAUAUGCAACGCGAUCAAAAGAGUUUUUAGUUAGCUAUGCAAAAAAUUUUGAUGAAGAAGAGAAGAAACAUCUUAAAAGGGAAAAGCGACUUAUACAACAGCGGCUGUGGCGUAUUAAAAGAAAGGAAGAUCUUGUUACAAAAAAUAUGGAUAAAUUAUAUAACGAUGGUAGUGUACCAAAACUGACUUCCUCAGAAUCUGAUAGUGAUGAUUUUGCACGGAGAACAUUUAAAUGUAAUAAUAAUAGUGCUCUGAAAAUACGAUGUGGCGCAUGUGGAGAGAUGGGACACAUGCGUACGAAUAAGUUGUGCAAGUUUUAUGGUUUGUCAAAUUAUGAGUUAAUCAAUAAAAAGAGUAUUGAAUUGGAAAAGUUUGAGCAACUACAUGGACCUAAUAAUAAAGCCGCUUUGGAUAAUUGGCGGAAUUAUUAUUAUGAAUGCCAACUUAAAAUAAAUCUUAGACGUACAGAUCCUAAAAUUGCCUUAAAUUAUUUACUAGAGGAAAUUCUUAACGAAUUGCGUUCAUUACCAAAUGUGACCCCAUUUCUGUAUCCCGUAAAUGCCAAGGAUCUGCCAACUUAUUAUGAGAAAAUAAAAGAUCCUAUGGACAUACAUACACUCUGCCAACUAGUAAAAGAUGUGAAAUUUAAUGAUAGAGAAGAGUUUUUAAAAUAUAUCAAUAAAAUAUUGAACAAUUCAAUACUUUACAAUGGUGCCGACAGUGACUAUACUAAAGCGGCUGAAGAAAUGAUGUUCAAAUGCUUUGAGUUGUUAUCAAAACACGAGGAAAAGCUAAUGAGUUUAGAGAAAGCAAUAAAUCCAUUAUUGGAUGAAAACAACCAAAAAGCUUUGACUUAUAUAUUUAAGAAAUUACAUGAGAAUCUUGUUACUAUGAAAGGCAGUGUGCCGUUCCAAAAACCUGUAGAUAAAGUUAAGUUCAAAGAUUAUUACGAAAUAAUUAAAAACCCUAUGGAUCUAAGCCUCAUUGAAAAAAAAAUUAAAUCUCAUUGUUAUAAAUCUCGUGCUGCUCUAUUUACUGACUUAGAGUUAAUGGCAAGUAAUUGUGAACUGUACAAUGGACCUGAUGGAGUCCUUAAUCAGUAUAUUAAAAAUUUAAUUUCAUAUGCUAAAGAUCAGUUAUACACAGAUGAGCGCAUAAAUAAUACCUGUUCACAGUUGGAGCAUAAACUGAGAAUUGCUGAAGAGCAAAAGUUAAAAAAUCAUCCUCGUCCUAGCACAUCGAAGGAUGCUAAAGUCGACGUUAAAGGUGAAACAGAGAAAGAAAGAAAAUUUAAUAGCGUGGUGAAGAAAAUCAAACAAAGUGCAGCUGCAAUAAAAUUUGUAGAGAAUAUUAAAAGAACUAUAAAAACUGACGAAAUUUGCUCAGAUGAAGAUAUUUUUCCACAUCGGGUACCUUUGAAGUCUCAAGCAUUUACAAAGUCUACACCCAAACGAAAAACUGAAUUCAUAGACACUAAUUUUAUAGACACAACUGAUGAUGAGUCUACUUAUUGCCCUGUAAGCACCUCCGAUUCAGAAGACGAAUAUUUUGAAAGAAUUUCUGCAAGAAAGAAGAAGAAAAAAAAAUUUCUUCGUUCUUAGAUUUUCGUGUUUUAUCUACUAAAAUUUAUUAUUA